GGUUUUGAAUUAUGCACCAUUAGUAGAUCAGUAGUCGCUAGAGGGUGCACAUGAAUAGACUCCUUUAUACUCUCACACUGGGCGGUAUCUAACGUUAACUAGCUGGCAGUCGCCUAAAAGAAUCAUAGGCAAUGUUUAACUAUAUUAUCUGUGAUUAGGGAAGGGAAGCAAGAUCUGAUGGACUCCAACUCUGAAGACGGAGAGAGCCAUCUUGGACAUGCCUUCUAUUAUGAUGCAGAACAGUACAGAGUGAGCUAUUCUCAUGGAAGAAGUAAAAACGAGGUGAAUUACGGUAAAAAUGAGGAGUUCAUCCAAAAGAGGUAUCCAGUCAGUCGAUCUGGCAACAACCCAGGCAGAGUGAAGAGGGUGGUGUCGUGUAAGAGAAAGACACAUCACACGACGGUGUCUCGGAAGAAGCAGCUCGGGUCUGGGAGGACUUGCGACGCUGCAAACAAGGAAAAUGACAUCAGCUGCUUUCAGGAAAGGCAGCAGGGCAUUUUCAAUAUGGACCCUUGGGAGUUUCCACUGAAUGUCACUAAUCACCACAAGACUGGUAGAACUGGUUCUGAACAGACUGACAUCUGUAUACUUACUGAGAUCACAAGGGAUCACAACGCAAUGACUGACGUGCUCUUUGGAAGACAUCUCAGGCUGAAAGUGGCUUUAACUCUGUGGCAAAGAAACGUCGGAGAGCUGCUGACGUUCUUUCUGAGGAUCCAAGACACCGGUGCAUUUGUUGAUUUUCUCCCCCUGAUAACCAAAUGCAUUGACGAGGACUCUGCCAGGGUAACCAUUGGCUGCUGUGUCGACCUCUUUCCUUUAGUUAAGAAAAUCCUCAACAGUCCAUAUGAAGAGUAUCUCAUUGUUGGUUUGAAGUGGAUAAAGUCAGUUUUGAAAAACUGGUGGGAGGAACUGAGAUCAAGUGGCUACGGCGGAACAACAAAACAUCUGCUGGAUGAAAAUUUCCAGGUUUUUAAUCACCAGUUAAUGGAGUUAUGGUACAAUGAACCUUCCUUGACAUCUGUUCCCGGAGAUGCAGGAGACAUGGCAAAGGUCAUCGAUGCCUUUCUGUCUCAACUUACGUGACUGCCACUUACAGUAGCGUUGUAAUAUGUACGUAUGUAUUGACUUGCACAGCAGUUAAGAUACUGUGAAUGUGUGAUAGCAAUUUAAUCAAUUUAAUUUCUGUUAAAGUAAGAUGUUGCAAUUAAAGUCUCAGAACCUUUGAUGACAGUAAUGUAUACUAAUAACAUGUUGUGGCAUCUGUUCUUUUUAACUGCUCCGUCUAUGAUUAAUAAAGAUUAU